AGUAAAACGCUGUCAAGUUGCGGGAGGAGGAGACAUUCAAACUUUAGCCGGUCACAUGAUGAUUGUAAAGCAGCUAUAACAACAGAGUUUCGACCACUAAUCACCAAUGUGCCUUUUGGUUUCUUGCUAGCAAAGACUGUGUGUGGGUUAAUGACGUGUGGCGUGUCAACAUGACAGCAGCAGGCUGUGGACACGUCCUGUAGGUAAACAGUCUGGAGUCGGUUCGCUCGCAGACUUCAGAGGGGGACGAUCGGCUGCUGCUCACCGGACUUAGACCCCUGAGAUAUGACUCAAUGAGUACAGGAGUAGUCGUGUGUGUCGAAACGCCUGAGACCAUAUGAGACAACAGCUCUGCAGCCGAGGGAGAUCGAUGGAUUUCCAAAAACUCUGCACUUUUGAAACUUUCCAGCAGUUGUGGAGUCACUACGGUCAUGGUGAAGACUUCAAGGACGUGAUUGAGCGAGAGUUCACACGGAUUAAAGGAACAACAUAUCUGGAUCAUGCAGCAACUACUCUGUACCCCGAGUCUCUGAUCAGGGACUACUUCCAGGACAUCUCAAGGAAUGUGUAUGGAAACCCUCACAGCCAUAACCCCAGCAGCAGAUUAACACAUGACACCGUGGAGAGGGUCAGAUGCAGGGUAUUGCAGCAUUUUAACGCCAGCCCCGAGGAGUACUCUGUGAUUUUCACUUCUGGUUGUACAGCCGCUCUCAAAUUAGUGGCUGAGAGCUUUCCCUGGAGGCCGCCGACCGAGAGCGAGGCAGGGAGUCACUUCUGCUACCUCACUGACAACCAUACGUCUGUAGUUGGCAUAAGAGGGCUGACUUCAGGCCGGGGGGUGGUUGCCCUGCCUGUCUGCCCCCAGGAGGUGGAGAAGAGGGCAAAGGAUGAGGCUGGAGGAGGUGAAGAUGUUAUUUGCCAGACACCACACCUGUUCUGCUACCCAGCACAGAGCAACUUCUCAGGGAGGAAGUAUCCCCUCAGCCAUGUGAAAGGCAUCCAGGCGAGACGUCUAUACCCAGCAUGUGACCACCACGGCCGCUGGUUCGUGCUGCUCGAUGCAGCCGCUCAUGUCAGCUGUUCCCCUCUAAACCUACAGGACUGCCCCGCUGAUUUCAUUCCCAUCUCUUUCUACAAGAUGUUUGGCUUCCCUACAGGUCUUGGGGCCCUUCUCGUCCGCACUGACGCAGCAGGCAUACUAAAAAAGACUUAUUUUGGAGGAGGCACAGCAGCAGCUUACCUUUCGGGAGAAGAUUAUUAUGUGCAUGCUGCAAACCUUUCUGACAGAUUUGAGGACGGUACUGUCUCUUUCUUGGACAUCAUUGCUGUGAAUCACGGUUUUGAGGCUCUUAACAGGAUCACAGGGGGCAUGCACAACAUCCAACAGCACACGUUUGGCUUGGCACGCUACACUUAUAUGCUGCUGUCAAGUCUUUGCCAUGGCAACGGGCGACCAGUGGCGCAGAUAUACACUCAAGGCCAGUUUGAGAGUCCGCGCACACAGGGAGCGAUCCUAAACUUCAACCUCAUGGAUUCUCAUGGACAGAUAAUCGGCUAUUCUCAGGUGGACAGAAUGGCCUGUCUGUAUAAUAUACAUGUGCGCACGGGUUGCUUCUGCAACACCGGGGCCUGUCAGUCCUUCCUCGGGAUCAGCAAUCAGCAGAUGAGGAGAAACCUGCAGGCCGGCCACGUCUGUGGAGACAGCGUGGAUGUGGUGGACGCCCAGCCGACCGGAUCUGUUCGCGUGUCCUUUGGCUACAUGUCAACAUUUGAAGACUGUCAAAAGUUCCUGAGCUUUGUUGCAGAGUGCUUUGUAGAGAAGCCAGUCACCGUGGACCAUGUGAGACUAGAGAAGCUAAAAACAGCCACAGCAGCAUCUCGGGGCAUAAAUGAGGACCCUCCAAUCAAAAUCGCUAAUGGAGAAAUAUGUAAAGUUGAUGACAAGGAGAAGCCUUCAGAAGCAUCACUGACGGGAUUGGGACUCAGAGAGACAAACAGCCACGGGGGGGCUUGUACUCUGACCAACAUCUACAUCUAUCCCAUCAAAUCAUGUGGCGCACAUGAGGUCCACAACUGGCCGGUGGGUCCGCUGGGUUUACUGUAUGACAGAAGCUGGAUGGUGGUGAAUGGAAACGGAGUGUGCCUGAGUCAGAAGAGAGUGCAACGUUUAUGCCUCAUUCGCCCACAAGUCCACCUGGCCUCAGACAAAUUGCUCCUGCAGGCACCAGGGAUGGAUACCAUUUCGGUUCCCCUGGAAAACAAAACUCAAACGCACACUAGCCAUGAAGUGUGUCAGAGUAAAGUUUGCGGUGACAGGGUGGAGACUGUCGACUGUGGGGAUGAGGCUGCAUCAUGGCUCUCAGACUUCCUUGGACAGCCAUGUCGCCUGAUAAGACAAAGCCCUAAUUUUACCCGAGACACGAAGAAGAGGCCUAGUGGAGCUGCCACCGCCUCCACGUCCCUCUCCCUGGUGAAUGAAGCUCAGUAUCUCAUGAUCAACUGUGCCAGCGUGGAGCUCAUUCAGAAACUAAUGAGCAGCAGGCAGGACGAUUCCAACCGCGAUCAGCUCCUUGACACACAGAAUGUCAUUAGCCGCUUCCGAGCCAAUUUAGUCAUCGCUGGAGUGGAACCAUUUGAGGAGGAUAAUUGGUCACACUUGAUUAUUGGCAACACUCGAUUCAUGGUCACAGGUCAGUGUGGAAGAUGCCAGAUGGUUGGAGUGGACCAGGAAACAGGGACCAAAACGAAAGAGCCGCUAAUGUCCCUGAUGGGCUACCGUACCGGGAAGGUGACUUUUGGUGUGUACCUCACCCAUCAGCGACCAGAGGGCUCCACCACAGGAAGCGUUCUGUCCACUGGAUCAAUCGUACAGCCACACAGUUCUUGAAAUGUAACAUCUUCUUCUUUAUUUAUUUUGGUGACACCUUUUUUGGCCUAACUGGUCAUUGCUGCACUGUAUGUGCAGCAGAUCACGCUGUGGGGAGUUUCUGCAGAUGCUGCUGUUUUCUUUGUGUGUGUAGCCCUCGAUGCUUCUGUCCUCUCAAAUGUCCUUUUCAUACCAGAGCAUUCAGAUUUAAUUCCAUCCAAGUCUGUUUUGAAAGGAAAUGAAUAAAAUUCUUGUGGAUUUCUUCCCAGUGGUUAAGUUCUUGAAUAAAAUGUGAGCCAAAGAAA